AGCUCAGGGUGUUCAUGGUUGCAAUAAAUGCAGUGAAGGAUGAUAGGAUUCUCUUGCUCACUCAUGAUUGCUGAGUUGAAAAUCAAUUUUUCUUUAUUUUUUUUGGUUUGGUUCAGAGUUACUGUGGUUUUACUGUAGCUGAGAGAAGAUAUAUCAGUAGGAUCGAUGUUUUCGUGACUGAUGGUGGAGAGAAAAGCAAUGGAUGCACCUGCCAUUGGGGCUUAUAUACUUUCUGAUACCUUUGGUGAGAUGGUAUUUGCCAUCCUGGCAUCGGUUCUUCCCACAUGCUGCUGUCGCUAUCUACCGAUCUGCUGGUGGCUUUCUUUGAAGGAGAGUGAGGGAUCAACCGAGCCUUGGAUGGGGCUUACCAGUAUUGAAUGGAACUGACCGG